AGGAUGUGAUGCUACUGGGAAAAAAACUGAUUUUCACAUCCUUUUCGAUAAAUAAAUACAGUUUUAUUUCUGAUUACUCCACAACAUGACACUGAUAAACAAUGUGUUACUCUGUAUAUUAUUCGCUGUGAAUUUAAAUUUCUGUUUUUGUAUCACAAGAGUAUACUUUUCAAAAUGUGCUGUAGGAGGUUUUACUUGCACUGUAAGGCCUGUAUCAAGAAACAUAAGUUUUUUGAACCUGACCUAUCAGUGUCCCAGCGGAGUAGAUGAUGUACUCAUAAUGAUAAAUCAGUUCAGCAGCCCGACGAAUGCUGAAUCACUUCUGAUUCAAAAUUGCCGCAGAUUGACCAUAUCAGUUAGAUGUUCCUCUGAAAGAAAACUGAUUAGAUCCGUUCAUAUCAGAAAUAUCGGAACACUCAGUAUACAACGUUUACCGUUCCAUUCACAUUUGCCACAAGAAGUUGCUUUGGAAAAUAUAGGAUACAUCGAGGAUAUACCCAGUUUCACUUUCUCUCAAAUCGAUAAAAGUGUAUAUACUACAGGGUGUGUAUUGCCUCGAGAUGAUUUUCGCACAAUUUCCCUCAAGAAUUUGAAGAUUGAUACAGUGCAGUCGAAUGGAUUUUAUGUGCCUAACGGUUUUGGGAACAUCACUUUCACAAAUGUUACGAUCAACAGACUGCAGAGUUCGGCUGUAGUUGCGAAAAUUAAAAAAUCCGGGGAGUUCUUGAUGGAAAAGAGCACUGUAGAAGUAGCUGAGCAUCUUGCUCUUCGGCUGUUCACCGAAAAAGCUACUUUCAAACAAUCAUCAUUCGUGGAAAUUUCCUCCGGAGGAAUAAACGGCACAAUAGAGUCACUUUAUUUCAUGAACAAUUCGGUGAAUGCUUUACAACCGCACGCUUUCUCCAUAUUUUCUGGCAAAGUCCAGAUCUCACACAAUAGAUUCGAGUAUUUGAAGAGUGGAUCCUUGGAAAAAAUCAGUCCUGGCAUGAUGGAGACCUCGAACUUAAAUUUUGGAAAACUGAAAUUCGACUAUGAGUUCACAGGCAAUGCCAUUAACUUCAUGGACGCAGGCUGUCUUCAUCCUGAUACAGAAGCUUACGAGAAUGUAGCAAGCGAUAUUGUUUUUCAAGAAAACGUCGUUCUAUGCUCUUGCGAUAAUUCUGCAUGGAUAUUCUCUCAAAUAGGCCAUGGCUAUAAUACCGCUCUCCUCAGAAGUUUCUACGAAUCUAUUUUGGAUCCAGCUAGCAAAAACACCUGUUCGUCCUACUGUGAAUUGCCUAUUUCCUUCUCCAGAAAUAUGAUCGAGGACGGAAACUGCUUUGAAAAUGUGACUACAGAGAAGCUCUGUGAAAUGAAUGAUAAUGAUACAUCGAAAAAUACCUCAGCUCUAUCUAGUUCUUUGAACGAACUCGAAGAAAUUGUAAUAAUGGGUUCUAUGCUGCCAAUGAGUUCCACUGGUGGAAUUAUCUCGUUCUUUUGUGUACAAGUUUUUAUUUUCAGUGGUAUUUUAAUAUUGAAUUUAUGAAGAGAUUGUAAAAUGAUAAAAUGAAUAAUUCGAUAAUUUCUUGGAAAAUGUCUUUCCGGGAAUGUGAAAAAAUAUGGAGUUAAGUUAUACAGUGUGUUUCAGAUUUCACUCGUAAAAAUUCGAAUGACGAUAGCAUUCACGAGAAUAAAAAGAAAUUUUUAUAUGGAAUCAUAUAUUUUGGAGAUAGUCAGAUAGAGAAACUUCAUUACCAUAUUGUAUCUCGAAAUGAAGCUUCAAAAUA